AGUAUGGACUGCAAGUAUGGAACAUGACUGGCCCGGUUCAUCAACAUGAUGGCAAGUGGCCCAAACCACAUUGUGGGCCAGACCUUGCUUAAUCAGUAGCCCACCCAGCACAUUAACCAACCACCAGUGCAAAUUUUACGGCCCAGCCCAGUUAUCUGACAGAAAAGGAAGAGCUACUCCCGAAGCCCAGCACCCAUCAUCGUCACCAUCCAACCACACAGUCCGCGCUCCACACCACCAAUCCGAGAUGGGCCUGAGUCCCUCCAAGCGCGUGGACGCCGCGCUGCGGCGCGCGCCGGCGUUCGCCGCCGCCUGCGACGCCGCCUUCGACCGGUGCCUCGCGGACGCGCAGGGCGCCUUCGGGGGCGUCCGCCGGUACCAGCUCGCCGACGCCGCGGCGCACCUCCACUCGUCGCUCCGCGCGUCCGUCCCGCUGGUCCGGCGCUGGGUGCCCUCGCCGCCGCCCCGCGCCCGCGUCGACGCCGCGCUCCGCGCAUCGGGGCUCGAGGGCGAGGGGGAGCUCUCCCGGCCCCAGUUCGGGGGGUUCGCCGCUGAGCUGUUCAGGGAGGCCGUGCUGGCCGGCGCGGCGGAGGCGGCGCUCGUGCGCGCCCCCGCCGCCGCGGCCGGGAUCGUCGGGGUGGGGCUGGUGGCGCGCGCCGCGCCCGCGGUGGUCGGGAGGGUCGUCGCCGUGUACGCCGCGGGUGUCGCCGCCGCGGUUUACCUCAGCCUGGGCUAGGUUUCCCUUGUGUGUUGCCGCGGUACCUGCUGGACUGUAUGUACAAGGAUCCACUUCUGCAGUUCUGAUGUGUUGUUGUGUUCAGGUCUGAAUUCAACGGCAGUUGUUGCAAAAAUAAUGCGUACUUGCGUAGUAUGAUCAGAUUCCAUUAAAAUGGCAUUGAA